AUGUUUCCUUUAUCGUCCAUAUAUUUAAAAAAACAAUUAGGUGAAGUAUCAACAUGUCUGACGUUAGGAAACUUUUUAGCAGAACUAGAGGAAUUUGAAAAAGCUAAUAGAUAUUAUCAGAUAUUAUUCAAAGAUCUACCUGAAGAUCAUGAAGACAAACCAACAAUCCUGAAUAAUCUUGCUUGUCUGGAAUACGAAAGAGGUAAUCAUGAUGAUGCUGCCGUUUAUAUUAAUCAAGCAAUCGAAUACAUUAAUGAAAAGACAAGAAAUAAUUCGCACAACAUUAAUGAGAUGGCGUUAGAAGUGGUCAGAUGUACAGAACAUGUCAUAGCACAGCAUUGCAAUCAGACUCUUUAUUCUGCAACUACUGCUACCAACAGUAGUGCAGCUCCAAUCGAAGAUACAAUUAACUUGAUAACAAAAGCGUUAACUGCGAAUCAUUCAUCAAUCGGUAAAAUAUUCAAUAAUCAAGGACUUUAG